CUGCGGGUGGCUAUACAACCGCUCCAAAAGAAUUGGUACAGCUAUUAAGGCAGAAAUCUAGGCCGUACUUGUUUUCAAAUUCUUGUCCUCCUGCAAUAGUUGCAAGUGCUAGCAAGGUAUUUGAUAUGUUGAUGGAUGGCUCGCCUCUCACGAAGAAAGUUAUGACAAAUACAAAGCGCUUUAGAGAGAAAAUGACCCAAGCUGGAUUCAACGUUAUUGGCGACGGCCACCCUAUUUGUCCAGUGAUGAUGCCAGAUGAACGCACUGCAGUUGCAUUUUCAGAUGCAAUGAUUGAUCGAGGAAUUUAUGUCAUUGGUUUCACUUUCCCGGUGGUGCCAAGAGGCAAAGCCCGUAUUCGCGUGCAAAUGUCUGCAGCCCAUACAACAGAACAAGUAGACGAGUGUAUCAAUGCCUUCAUCGAGGUUGGUAAGGAGAUGGGUGUCAUCUAAAAGUCGGAAUGUUUUCUUUUCAAGAAAAACUUCUGCACACAGUCAUUUUAACUUGAUUAAUUAGUCUGUGAAUUAGUCAUUUCGUGUGAAAUAGUGUUUUAUUUCUCUGGCUUAAUCUUAAUCCUAUCUUUAAUCGUCCGUUUUCUAUCCAGAAAACGUUUAAGUAUUACUGUUUACCAGGUAUUGAAGUCCUUGCAGGGUCAGUUAUUGGAAUAUAAAACUUUAGAGAUUAUCAAAUUUAAAAUAAAUUCACGUUUUAAUUAAAAAAAUUUCAAGGGGAGCUACAUUUCCAAAAAUAUGAUAUUGAUUAUUAAUAUAGAUCAUGUGAUCCUGCAUAUUUUAUUUUUGAAAUCUUGAGAUAUUGGCACAUUUUUAAAACUUUUUCUGCUUUAUUUAUUUGUACUUAGCCCUUGUUUCUAUAUCUAUUUAACCACAGAGCACUUCCUUAUUUAUAAGGUAUUCAUUUGUUUUGACAGUAAAUCUGUAAAGGCGUGAAAUAUUUAGAAUAAAUUUUAUAGAA